ACGCACCUCCACCUUGGCAAAGGGGCUCAGAAAAACCAAAGUUGAAUGGAGGCUUCGAGACUGACCGCCAACGCCCCCACAAUCCCAGCCCUAAUUGAAGUUUUUUCGAUAGUCUGAGCUCAUGUGCAGAGAGAAUGAGUUGUCUCUUUGCGUCUACUGCUGUUCUAUUGUAAUGUUUGCCUGAUACUGAGCCUUGCAAUAUUUUUGCGCGUACUUGCGUUGUUGUUUUCGUUUGCGAACUGUAGCAGCGUUCGGAAUCUUGUGAGCUGAGCAACAGCGGCUCGCCAUGGACGGGAAGAUUAGGAAGCGCACGAGGAAAGACCUCUUGUUUAACGAGCCGGACGAAAGUGAUGCCUCAAGGUCUAAAAAAGCUCGAUUUCCUAAGGGGAAGAAGGACUCUGGCCCAAGGACAGUUGUGGAAGAGGGCGAGGAGGAAGAUGGAGGCCCUAUUUUGUCCACAGAUCCACGACUGGCUGCAAAGAACCGUGCGAUGCUGCGUACUGUGCUCAACGAACAGCUUCUUAGUUCGGAGGAUGUCUCAUUGGGUGAUGAUGUUGUUGCUGCCGAAGUAGAGGGUGACACCGCUAGAGUUGAAGACGGCAUUACUAUUGAACCUUUUAAUCUGAAUCAAGAAAGAGAAGAAGGCUAUUUUGAUGCCGAAGGGAAUUAUGUUGAGUACCGGCUGAACGACGAUGAUAAGGACGCAUGGUUUGAGACUGCAAAAGUUGAUGAGAGUCUUCAAGCGAGGAAACUGAAGGAAAGAGAGAUGGAAAAAGAAGAUACUGAACUCACAAAGGAAGAGCGGUGGAUAAUUCAAAAGCGAAUCGCGAACACUCUUCAACCUGGUGAAACGAUCUUGCAAGCUUUCAGAAGAUUGCGAGGAGUAACGAAGGAUAAAAAAUGGGCUUCAAAGAUGACUGGAGAGACGAAGCUAAUUUUUGAUCGUCUGACAGAGGAUGCUAUGAAGCUGUUAGACAAUGGCGAUUACAAUAUCUACAACGAAGAGAAAGAAACCUUACAACGCGAAGCCGAUGGUUAUGAGGCCCUUGCUCGAGCUAGAAAAGGUGAAACAAGUGGUAGCAAUGGACUUGCUGGAAGUGCGACAAUGCAGCACUCUUCUCAGGUGCAAUCUGCCGCUGGGGAUGAUGAUGCUUUUGAUAUGUUCGGUGGGGAUGACGACGUGCCUCCUUCCACUACAGCAGGAGUUACUGCUGGCAAUUCUGAAGCACAAGUGGAAAAACCAAGCACCACCUUGCUCGAGCUUCCCGGAUAUGUUUAUGAUGCAAAUUCAGGUUAUUACUACAAUGCUGAUGAUGGGCACUUUUAUGACAAGAACACAGGACUUUUCUGCAAUGCUGCAUCUGGAAAAUGGUUUAUGUAUGAUGCUGUUACCGGUUCGUACCAGGAAGUUACAGAAAGUGGCGACACGGGUGCUGUCACAACAAGCGUCGAACCAGCAGCAUGAUAUGAUCGUCUUCGUGAAGAUGUGUGAUUUAGCACUUCAGAGUUUGGUGUAUUAGCUUGUUCAUCGAUUUCAUCAAACUAUUGUGUACCAUGCUACUACGCUUGUUUACUACGCUGGAGCUCACUCUUGACCUUGUUAUACAAACUUUGUUAAAACCAUUCUUGAAUCAAA